GAGACGUAUAUCUUGUGCCAUACAUUGAUGGGUAGGUGUUGUUAUAUGUGGCCAGUUCAUUAUUAUAGUUUCCUUAAUUAGUUAAAUAACUAUUUAUCCUUUAUGAUAGCAUGCACUGGCAGCUGAUGGUCAUCAUUCCCAAAGCAUGUAAAAUUAUAUGGUUUUGUUCGUUGCAUAGGAAGAUGAAAAAUGACUUGAGAACAAUGCUUCAAGGAGUUAUUGGUAAAUCACGUGGUCAACUGGUUCAAAUUUUGUAUCCAAAGUGUAACCAGCAGCUAGAUUCAUGGGAAUGUGGCUUCUAUGUGAUGUGUUGGAUUAAGACCAUCAUUCGAGUUGUCAUUACAGAUGACUGGAAUGAGGUAAUGACGUAUACCUUGAAUACAUUACAAAUCAAAUUUAUCUUCAAACAUAUAUGAAACCAUAAUGAAUCUUUCUUGAAUUUUGCAGCGCUUCA